UGCAUUGUCUUUUUCACGUACUCACCUACUGCUUUGGCGUCGUGUAUCAUAGGGAAUUUUUAUUAGCCGACAUGAUAGCAAUCUUAGCCAUUGCUAUACGCACAUUAGAGCAAAACAUGACGUCACAGAGGAUAGUGUAUCCAGAAUGACUGUAGGGCUGCAACGUGACACUGCUGCGAUUAUGGCGCUCACUGAUUGUGUGCUUAUGCCUCAGUCUUGUUCUCGUGUUGAGCGGCGAAGGAGGGCACAGAGUGACUCCGCUGCGUAUUAGUUUUGCAUCAGACAAGAGGAAUGAUGAGCGGAUGGUCGUCCGUUUUAAGAUGAAAAAUGGAUCGCGUUUGGGCUCUUUGUUCCUACUAGUUGCUUCUUCCCAGUUGAAGUCUGUUCAUGAUCAUGAAGUUGGCAGUUUAUCUCUGCCACUAGUUUCUAUCUCUAAUUCUAGGAGAGUUAUUUGCCACUAG